AUGGGGGACGUGAAGGAGACCGGGGUCGAAGCUCGACCCGCCGGAGCCGAGGCUCGGGGAAGGCUCAGUCUUUUGCCACAGGCUGAGGCCGAAGAGCCUGCACAGGGGUCCUCCUUGUUCCUCGGAGGCAGUGAAGUGAAGAGCCGCGCGGUGGUGAAAUACUCUUCUGCCCCCCCUCGCACAGCCUUUGCCCGCCUCGAAGAGAAAACGGACUUGAAGCUCCCACCAGCCAACUGGCUGCGGGAGAGUGCCAAGCUAGGGCCAGCUGGAACUACCAUUCUUGGCAAUAGUAAGAAAAGCAAACCAUUUUCAAGUUUUGGUAUGGCGUACGACUUCAUUGACUCGGUGGGAAACGAUGUGGAUGUUGUCUCCGACUCAGAAAAUAUAAAAAAGCUCCUGAAGAUUCCUUACAGCAAGUCCCAUGUGAGCAUGGCGGUGCACCGCAUUGGGAGGACGCUGCUACUGGAUGAGCUGGACAUCCAGGAGCUGUUCAUGCGAUCGUCGCAGACUGGGGAUUGGACGUGGCUGAAAGAGUUCUACCAACGACUGAUUGACCAGAAGUGGCAGAGGAAGAAGAAGAGCAAAGAGCACUGGUAUCAGAAAGCUAUCCUCUCCAAGUUUUUAUAUUACAGUAUCAAUGGUGACGGAGCCGCUCAGCCUGUGCCCUUUGCUGCUGAACAGCCGGAGACAUCUGCUCCGGACCACACAAGUGACUCGGAAGGGGCUUCGUGGCCUGCCCCCUUUGAGAUGCCUUCACCGGUCCCUGAGGAUGCCAGUGCUUCUCCUCAGGACAGUGAGCCUUUUGAGCCCUCAUACAUAGUGGGGCAUGUGGCCUCAGCCCCCAGUGAACAAAACCUGACUACGUUGUUCAGUGACGGGGAGAGCAGUCAGGGUCUUAAAAACGAUUUUGUUCGGAACAUUUUGUGGACAUUCGAAGAUAUACACAUGCUGGUCGGCUCCAACAUGCCUAUCUUCGGAGGAGGCAGGUACCCAGCCGUCAGCUUACGUCUCAGGGAUAACAACAAACCCAUUAAUGUGCUAACUGGAAUUGACUAUUGGUUGGACAACUUGAUCUGCAAUGUGCCAGAGCUUGUGAUGUGUUUCCAUGUAAAUGGAAUUGUGCAGAAGUACGAAAUGAUAAAGACAGAAGAGAUUCCCAAUUUGGAAAACUCAAAUUUCUCAACUAAAGUCAUAAAGGACAUUGCACAGAACAUCCUAUCAUUUCUGAAAUCCAACUGUACCAAAGAAGGGCACACCUAUUGGCUGUUUAAAGCAAGUGGCAGUGACGUAGUGAAGCUGUAUGACCUCACGACUCUGUGUGAGGAGACUGAAGACAAGUACCAGAACCCGUUCACCAUGCCCGUGGCUAUCCUCCUGUACAAGGUGGCCUGUAACAUGAUGGUGAAGAAGAACCAGAACAAGAAGCACUAUGGGACCGUCAGGACAUUGCUCCUGAAUUGUGUCAAGUUGCUGGACAAAGGCAGACAUCCUCAGAUCAUUGCUUCAGCCAAUUACAUGCUGUCAGAACUUUUCCAAUUGGACGAACCUAAGAAAGAAGAAAGCUCCGAAUCCCCUCUCACUGAGAACUCUGAUGAGAGCUAUAGUGAGGAAGAGGAGGAGGAAGCAGAUAGCGACGAAAACGGUUCCUACAGCGCCAGCUCAGACCCCGCGGAGGACAACAAGGCGGUGGCCGUCAUUAAGUCUGUUGGAGAACUGUCGGUGCCAGAAAAGUACAAGUCCAUCCAUCAGAUCAGACCCAGCUGUGCGUUUCCAGUUUGCCAUGACACAGAGGAGCGCUGCAGACUGGUCCUCAGCUACGUCCUUGAGGGUUUGAAAUCUGUGGACAGCAGCAUCAAAAAGGAAAGUGACCUUCCUGCAGCUGACCCCAACACCCCAAUCCCACUGAAAUACGAAGAUGAGGCCACCCGAGGGGGCCCUGAGGGCCUGGAGAAGCAGACAGCCUUGUUUCUGGACAAAAUGGGCUCCCUUCAGAAGGGGAACUACUCCAGUCAGUCCAGAGUGAUCCCCGGCUCUUGGCAACAUAAAAUGAAGCUUCAACUGAUCCUCAAGUCGUCAAAGGCCUACUAUGUCUUGUCUGAUGCGGCUAUGAGUCUUCAGAAAUACGGAAGAGCAUUACGCUACAUCAAAUUGGCUUUGCAGAGCCACGACACUUACUGCUGCCUCUGCACCAACAUGCUGUCUGAGGUGCUGCUUUUCCUGUCUCAGUACCUGACUCUCUGUGGCGACAUCCAGUUGAUGCUGGCCCAGAACGCAAGCAACAGAGCUGCGCACCUUGAGGAGUUCAAUUACCAGACGAAAGAGGACCAGGAGAUCCUGCACAGCCUGCACAAAGAGUCCACUUGUCAAGGGUUCGCCUGGGCCACCGACUUAUCCACAGACUUGGAAAGCCAGCUGUCAGUCAGCUGUAAAUGUUACGAGGCUGCAAAUGAAAUCUUAGAGUUUAGUGACUUAAAAGGCCAAAAUCCAGAACACUACGUACAAGUAUUGAAGAGGAUGGGCAACAUUAGAAAUGAAAUCGGAGUGUUUUAUAUGAACCAAGCUGCUGUAUUCCAGAGUGAGCGAGUCGUAAGCAGAAGCGUGUCUGCUGCAGAGCAGCAGCUGUGGAAGAGAAGCUUUUCUUGUUUUGAGAAAGGGAUUCACAACUUCGAAUCCAUCGACGAUGCCACCAACGCUGCCCUUUUGUUGUGCAACACGGGAAGGCUCAUGCGGAUCUGUGCACAGGCGCACUGCGGGGCCGGGGGCGGAUUGACUCGCGAGUUUUCACCGGAAGAGGGCUUGUACUAUAAUAAGGCUGUUGACUACUACUUGAAAGCUCUCAGGUCACUGGGUACACGAGACCGACACCCUGCCGUUUGGGACUCAGUGAACUGGGAAUUGUCCACAACUUACUUCACGAUGGCGACUCUGCAGCAGGAUUACGCCCCCCUGUCUAGGAAGGCUCAGGAGCAGAUUGAAAAAGAGGUCAGCGAGGCAAUGCUCAAGUCUCUUAAGUAUUGUGACGCAGACUCCGCCUCGGCUCGGCAGCCGCUGUGUCAGUACCGGGCCGCCACCAUCCACCACAGGCUGGCUUCCAUGUACCACAGCUGUUUGCGGAACCAGGUUGGUGAUGAACAUCUUAGGAAGCAGCAUCGGGUACUGGCAGACCUCCAUUACAGCAAAGCUGUGAAGCUGUUUCAGCUCCUGAAAGACGCCCCCUGUGAAGUGCUUAGAGUGCAGUUAGAAAGAGUAGCUUUUGCAGAAUUUCAGAUGACCAGUCAGAAUAGCAAUGUUGGAAAAUUAAAAACCCUGUCUGGGGCCCUGGACCUAAUGGUGAGGACGAAGCAUGCAUUCCGUCUCCUGAGGGAGGAGCUGACAGAGGAGUCUGAGCAGGUGAGUGCAGGUGACGAAACUGCCCCCACUGCUGAUUCCUCUCCUAGUAUUAAUCGAGACGAAGUGAUCAAACUCCUCAGCAUAUUUGAAUCUCGCUUGUCGUUCCUUCUCCUUCACUCCAUCAAACUGCUCUCAUCAACUAAGAAGAAAGCAAGUAACCAGGAAGAAGACGCAGUCCUCAAAGCCAACAAGCUGAUCUACUCCCAGCUCUUGAGAGCCACUGCGAACAGAAAUGCGACCCCGCUUGAGAGAGUCGAUGUGGUCGUGCACCUGCUGGAGCAGCUCGGCCGCAGCGCCGCUGGGGGCAGUGCGGUCCAGUGA